ACAACAACGAAGCGAUGUUGUUGCGAUUGUCACGCGCGAAAAAGUUGCGUCGCGGCAAGCCGGUCGUUGAAAGAAAUCGCGAGGGAAAAUUCUGAACAAUACCACAAUACGCCGGGCGCCAUUCCCCGCCGGCGCGGUAAGUUGUGUGUUCCUGAUUUUGAGUGAGCUCACGAAAAAUUAAUCGUCAAAAUGGCAAAUGAACCUGAUAUGCCCACCUUCAAGUGCGUACUGGUCGGCGACGGUGGUACUGGCAAGACCACCUUCGUCAAACGGCACUUGACCGGUGAAUUUGAGAAGAAGUAUGUUGCCACUCUAGGAGUCGAGGUCCAUCCGUUGAUCUUUCACACUAAUCGUGGACCGAUCCGCUUCAACGUCUGGGAUACGGCUGGUCAAGAGAAAUUUGGUGGCCUUCGCGAUGGCUACUACAUUCAGGGUCAGUGUGCCGUUAUCAUGUUUGAUGUUACAUCCAGAGUAACGUACAAAAACGUGCCCAACUGGCAUAGGGAUCUGGUCCGUGUCUGUGAAAACAUACCUAUUGUCCUUUGUGGUAAUAAAGUCGACAUCAAGGAUAGAAAAGUCAAGGCUAAGAGCAUUGUGUUUCAUAGGAAGAAGAAUCUCCAG